AGAAAGGGACACAUCCGGGUCCCGGUUUAUUGGAACUGCUAGGGCCACGUGGGUGUUUCCUAUAAGCCAAGCCCGCCAGCUGUGUCUUGGGCCGCUGCCGUUAUCAAAUGGCAGGAGAGGGGAAGCUACCUGAUGCCAGGCUUACAUUAUUGGAGGAUGAGUCCCAGAACAUCUCAGGAGGCAGCAGUGGAGAUUCAGCUCUUAAAAAGUCCAAAGCCACAAAGGUUGUGAAAUCUCGCUACAUGCAGUAUGAUAAGAGUAAGGUUGGGAAGAAAAAUGUGGCUAAUAUAACUACCUGCUCUGCCGAGAAACCUCCCGAAAGAGGUGGCAGUGGGACACCAACACGUAGAUCAAUUGCACCACAAAGGAUGAAGGUUUUGGCUGGAUUGCCUUCUAACACUUUGGAUGGAAGUCUAUUUGUCAAAAAUAACUUGCAGUCUACUUUAUUGGAAGGCCACAGAAUUGCACGCCCAGAUUUAGACAUCUCUGUUAUCAAUGAUAAAACAAUGCAGAGGCUGACUCCAAAAUUAGCGCUGUCUGCAGAGCAGAAGAAAAACAAGAGAGAAGCCACAGCUCUAUACCUGGUACCUGAAGAAACAAUAGAAAUGAUUGAAUCUCAAACCUUGUUGUCUACGUAUUUGACCAUGAAAAUGCAAAAGAAUCUCAGCCGCUUAGAGGAGAAGGCAGAGAACAACCUUUUACAGGUGACUGAGGAGAAAAACAACCUAGAGGAAAAGGUGCAUGUGUUAAAACGGGAACUGUCAGUGCUCCAGCAAGAAGAGCAAGUUAAUGACUUACUGGAAAAGCAAGCAAAGGCAUUGACUCCCUCCACUAUCGCGGAGGAGAAAUUUAAGGACAAUUACACAGUCUUUGCUACAGCUCUGGAUUGCACCAGACAUCAGCUUCCAAUAAAGGAUGUUCAUAUUGUUGGAAAUCAUCAACAAUACUUGGAGGACCUGCGGAAGCAACUGGCUAUAACAGAGCCACUCCUACAAGAGGCAAUGUCCCGCUCUGCUGUCCAAAACGCAGAAUCAUUGGACACUAUUAAGGAGCUUGAGGAGCUUGUUUUAAAGACUGAUGCAGAACUAUCCCUGAGUUUUCGGCAGAUCCUGGAUUUAUCUUUCAAAGUCAACAAAGAAAUAACUUUACAGAACCAAAAGAGGGAAGAAGAGAAUUGCUCACUUGAUUUAUUUAGCCAGUUGUAUUUUGAUUGAACCCUCCUUAACCUUAUUUAUCCGGCAUAACCUGCACACUCUGUAAAUAUACAAGUUCUCGAGCUGGAUUACAUUGUUUAUGCAUUUUCACUUUCUUAGUUCAUGAGCGUGAUGGACCAUUUCCAUUUAUAUGUUAAAUAUUUUAUAUUGGCUUUUUCCAAAAAAAGCUAAAAAAUAAAAUUCACUUGAACUAGUAAA